CAUUGUCCUUGGGGAUAACUCAUGCGGACUUUCAACCGAGCUCCUAUAAGUCGAUAGAAGAAUGUGUCUUGGCAACUGGUGUUGAAACAAUAUUUUCAACGGAUCCGCUUUACAAUGAUGUCAGAGUCGGGGAGAUGAUAAUAGUUCAACGAUAUCCAAAGUUGGUAACAUAUCCAAAAAAUUCGACACAGGUUCAAUGGCUCGUGCUUUGUUCGAAAGCCUUUAACAUAAGACCGUGUCCGAGAGAUGGUGGUCACAGCAAUGAAGGGUACUCGAAUUUGGAUGGCUCAGUGGUGAUAGACAUCAGCAAGAUGAUAAAGGUGGUCGUUAACGAGGCUGAGAAAACGGCAAUAGUAGACGCCGGAAUACGCCUUGGAACUUUAUAUAUAGAGCUCGCGCGAAAAAACUUCACCAUAGUGUCAGGUUAUAGCCCGACAAUAGGAUUAUCAGGAAUCAUUGCUUCCGGUGGUUUCGGCAUGCAAUCACGAAACUAUGGUGUCACCGGUGAUUUUGUGGUCGAAGCCUCGGUGGUGUUGGCCAAUGGUAGUCUCGUGGUUGCGAAUUCGAACGUGAAUUCGGAUUUAUUUUGGGCUCUGAGAGGUGGAGGUGGAGCUGCUUACGGUAUAGUGACACAAUGGAAAUUGAAGUUAAUUCCCGGAUGGUCAUCAAACACCGUGUUCACGAUAGAUUACAAACCCGCCGCUUUGAGUCAAGUCCUUGGCAACUUUACACUUUGGGGGCACAAAGCACCGGCAAACAUGUCAUGCACACUCUUUAUAACAAAAGAAACCAUAAAGAUGAAGGGGCAUUAUUUGGGCGACAUAGCUCUCGUGCAUGAAAUGUUGGUAAAAGCCAAUCUGUCGCCGAUUCCCAAUGAGUGCGAAAAGAUGAUGGCGUGUGAUCACCUUGGUUCACGUGCCUACUUCCUUGAUCCGGAGAUGACGUGCAAGAAGAUAGAGCUGCUUAACAUUGGAACUUCGCCCCUCGGACCGAACCCUUUUAAUCCGAAAACCAAUAAGACAAUGAAAAUUAAUUCAACCAUGAACUCUGUUGUCACUCAAGGUGUCCUACCCUACUACCCGGCUGGCCCUCUGCAUAAAAGAGAAUUGGUGAAAGUCAAAUCCAUGUAUUUUAACGAUUCAUUGUCCACCGUGGUGAUUAACGAUAUAGUUAUGCUUGUAAAAGUGAUGCCGAUCGGUGCAAUCAUUGAACUUACAGCGUACGGUGGAAUUUUGUCGACUCAGCCCGGCAAUAUCACGGCUUUCGUCCACAGGAUCGGUGUCGCUUAUCAUCUUUUGAUAACGGUCCCUCUCACCGGAAAUAGUAAGGCGGACGCACCUAAUUGGGCAUGGAUAAAAAAAUGGGAUAUCAUUAUCAGGCCCUUCUCAAAUCAUCAAAGUUAUCAGGGAUUCCUCGAUCCUGACCUGCCAGACCCAGGACAAUACUAUUUUGGAGAAAAUCUCCGAAAGUUACAAGAAAUUAAAUCAAAAUACGAUCCGAAUAAUGUCUUUUCUAGCGGAACACCAGCCCUUGGUGACAACACGCAACCCCCUGGAAACAACACUCAACCCAUAACAACCCAAGACAAUCCCGACACUUUUAUACCCGGGACUUGUCCAUGGGUGUCCGGAGGAAAUCCACCGGGACGAAGGAACGCAGGGGUCGGAAGGAAUGAUGAUAGCUUCACCUUAAACAAGUCUCGAUCUUCCAACAUAUUCAAUCUGUCGUCCGUAAGCGGUUCCGGUUCUUCCUCCUCGCAAAGGAGUGAUAACGGGGGAGAGGGUGAAGCUUUGACUUCGGUCCAAGAUAUUGAAUAUUGGCUUCAAAGAUGUUCCAUAUGUUUCGACGCUCAACUCGAUUUCUGCUUGGAUCUCUGCAGAGAUCAAUUUUGUAGAGAUUGUUUCCAAAGAUACGUCAAAGAAGUGGUUCAAAAUUCUUGGGGGCUUAGCAUCACGAAGAUCAAGUGUCCUGUCUGUCAGGACGUUGUCCUGCAAUCGGAGUGGAGUAAGCCAUAUCGUUCCUUCUCUCGGUGCUGUUCCGAAUGCGGUGAGGAAGUUUUCGCCGCUCAAGUGUUUCAAGUGUGUGCCGAGGAGAAAGAAAAGUACUUCAGAGAGAUCGCAGUCCUCCUUCGCAAGUAUUUGGACACAUAUGGAACUGCUAAAAAUACAAAGGGAAAAAGUUCGGCAGCGGCGUCAAACCAUCAAAAUAACAUUGACGCUUUCAUCGAAAGAUAUCAAAAAGAUUAUAUGGCCUAUAUUUCUGGUGAGAAUCCUAAUAUCGGGGUGAUGGAGAUGUACGAAUACGUCGCUAAGAAGUUGUGCGAGAGUCUUGGCAUGAGUUUGGACUCGAACAGUCGUCGACCUUCUGCAAAAUUCACGCGACGUAAGCUUAAAAUUCAUGCUGACAUGGUCAAAUCCGCCGCUGAAAUCUCUUCAAGGAUUGUGGCCUUGGAGGUUAGGCCUGAUGCAUGGAAAGAAUUGCAAUUCAUGCAUGUGGCAAAUUUCCCUCAAUCUCAUUGUACUCGUUGCAACAAUGAUAUAUGCCUUCAAUGUGGCGAAUCCACGCAUCACCCUGGAAUGACUUGUAUCCAAUUCAUGCGCUACAAAGUUGCGAACCCUCACCUGUUCGUCACAAAUCAACCUUUCCCUUGUCACGUGCACAAUGACACGCUGGACGCGCUCGAAAACAUCAAAUGGAAACUCGCAAAUUCGAAAUCCUGUCCAAACUGUUCUAUACUCAUCAAUCGUGAUGAUGGAUGUAACAAGCAAAGGAAAAGCAGAAACAAGGAAAAACAUCCUUCUUCAACUCGUAGGUCUCAAGGAGGGGCAAUAAUACAACAACAGUUGCAAGCUGAUUCACUAAGGAAUAAUGGCAUUGAUGAAACGGAUCGAUCACAAGAACUUCGAGAUAACGAAGACAUUGAAAUGCAGGAAUCUUCUCAAAACACCGAAGGCUCCGAGUACGAUGAAGAAGAGAACUAUGCAGACGAAGACGAUAAUGAUCACGAGGAUGACAAUAUGAUGAUUUCUGCUUUAACGAAGGGUUUGGACGAUCGACCUGAGAUCGGAGUUCCAAACGUUUUUAUGAUUCAAUCAAAGUUGAUCUCCACUACUUCAGUAUAA